AUGUCUCACGUCUACACAUCUAUAUCAGCACUCACCUCUCUUGAAUUUGACUCAUAUCCUCUCGGCGCUAUUAAGGCCAAUGGGUGGUUCCAAGAUCAGCUCCGACUUAGUGCAAAAGGUCUUGGAGGCAACUUGUUCUACUUCCAUCGUUUCGUCAAAGAAAGCACUUGGCUUGGGGGUACAUGGGAGUACACCCCCUUGGACGAGGCAGCUCCGUACUGGUAUAACUACAUUGUCCCCUUGGCAUACACGCUCGACGAGGCAUCAGAUCCGGAUUUGUACAUCGAAAUCAAGAAACAGGCGGAUUAUUUUCUUGAUUACACGUUAUCUCACCAAGCUAGGGAUGGCUGGCUUGGACCAGAGGCAACGCCCCAUACUCGUGGUAUCUGGGCGCGCUGUCUUUUGCUGCAAGGCCUCAUGAAUCAUGCCAUUGCGGACUCCUCAAAACGGCAGACCAUCAUGAACGCGAUCUUCCGUUUUGUUAGACUAGUGCACGCCAUGCUCAAGGAUAACUAUGCGGGGUAUAUCCCACAGAAGGACGAUGUUUUCGACUUACAGCUCUUUGGUGUUGCCCGCGCCCAUGAGCUAGCACUAACUCUUCAAUGGCUCUACGACCAAACACAUGAUACUCAAGAUCGCAGAAUCAUUUGGGAGGUCAUGGAGAUGAUGUGGCAAGGAUCUCGAAUAAUGGAAAGAGAUUGGACCAUCUUCUUCGGGAAAGACUUUCCACAAGAGCCAUCUGUCAGAUAUAAGUCUCUCAAUUUCAAGCACGGUGUCAAUGUUGCGCAAGGUUAG